CCACAUCAGAAUUAGGUUGUUGCUGUUUUGUUGUCUGUCUAAACAAUAUUACCAUAUCAAGGUAAAAAUUUGUUCCAAUAAAUUAAUAGUAUGUUCUAAGCAAAAGCAGUUGUGAACUCGUCUGACUACUAAUGUAACUGCAUUCAAUGUGAUUAAGAUUCAAAUCGUCAAAACUUUGAACACGUCAGAUCUAUAUAUGCAGCAUCCGUUGCCGAUAAACAAACAAAGCCCAUAUAUCAAUCGGAACCGGAGCAGUGUACAUGAAGAAGCUGCAUAGAUAAAGGCCAAACAGUGUCGAAUUAGCCACGAAGUUGCCGACGCGUUGCCAAUUUUUGACGAAGCCAAACAACACAUACACGCAAACAUGGCAGAAACAACAAGCAUUGAUGUCAGCGGCGAAAUGGAGGUGCCGCCGCAGCGUCCAGCUGGUGGUCAGAACAGAUUCAGCAUCGAUAUGCCAACCCUGCCUUCAUUGUCGAAUUUGCCCACUCCCUUGGAGUUGAUUCACAUGGUGCGACGUUCCCUGCGUCCAUGGACUGUGUUCUUCAACAUCAACAAUUUUAAAACUGCGGUCAGCAUGCAGCGUCUGCAAAAUCGAGUCACGCGUAAUUUAUCAUUUUUCCAGAGCAACUAUAUAUUCAUAUUUAUAGUACUGAUGAUCUACUGUCUGAUUACAUCGCCGGUUACUCUACUGGUUAUAGCCGCUGUGGCAUAUUGCUGUCACAAAAUACGCAGCGUCAAUAACAAUGUGAAUAUCGCGGGAUAUUCGAUGUCGCCAAAGCAGCAAGUCAUAGCCGUGAACAUGGUAGCGGCACCUCUGCUAUUCCUGGCUGGCGCAGGAUCUGUGCUCUUUUGGACGCUGGGCGCAUCCUGCUUUGUCAUAUUCCUGCAUGCGGUAUUCUACAAUAUUGACGCAAUCGUAACCGAGGAGAACGAAUUAUUCUUAGCGCAGGUCGUCUAAUUGACGAGCCUCGAACCGAAACUGAGCAUGGAGAAUCUUAAAUCUGCCGCACAGGGGCCUUAUAGACAAUAAGUUGCAAUAUAUAUAUAUUUAUAUCGAAA